UGUAAUUUUUUAAUAAGUUGGAACUGUUUCACAAAUAAAAUUGUUUUUGAAAUUAAAAAUGCUACCCCUUCACUCAUUAUGGAAUCGCUCAGCUUUACGUAGUUUGGCAAAGUUGCCCAUUCUGCCUGCUCUACGCAUGAAGUCAAAGAAGAGUGGAAAGUGCGAUGGAGCUAAGAUUAAAAAACCGAAACCUUCUCCCUGCGGUGAUCCGGAAAAUAUGCUAAGGAAAAAGCCGAAGGUAAACGAAAAAAAGCAGCCCAAGGAGCCAUCCAUAUGGCUAAAUCCAUUUUGUGACGAAGACGAGCCACACUGUCCAUUCAAUCCACGAUUCGAUGAUAUAUACUACGUUGAGUCUGAUAAGGCGAAUCGCAAGUAUUGGCAAACCUGGGUCGCGUGCCCGCCAGUUGCGAUAAAGCCGAAGAAGAUAUGCUGCUUCAAAGACGUGAAGGCGGCUCCGCUGCGUCGUCGCACCACCCCCAAACCGAAGACCGCAUGCCCACAGCCCGUCACCUGCGAUAAAAUCCCCCUGGACUGCCCACGCUUCAAGCGUCGCUGCCACAGAGCCGGCCGCAUUCCGCCAGAUUGCGUGAAAGUCAGGCGUCCUCUCAACUGCAGCAAGCCAUUGACGCCAUAUCCGGCUUUCUCCGAGUGCACGCGUAUCAAGCCUGGUGCACUGCCGCUGAGCGAGUGCAUUUGUUGGCAGAAGCCGAUGCUCUGCGAGGCAUGGGCUGAGUGGAGACGUCGCAGCUUGAGGAAGACGGCCAGAUAGAGGGCGAGCUCCCAUAMUGCUGCAAGCCUGGUUUUUCGGCUGCAGUCCUUGUAAGUCCUGUGGCAAUCGGCACCGGCGCGACCCGCAUCUCUGGCAUUAAUAUACUUUUCAGCAACAUUAUCUGCCGUGGGUCUGCAAAGAUAGAUGCUAUGRGGUAUCGGAACGAAUCUAAAGCUUUCAGUUACUCACAUAAGUAUUGCGUUGGCGAUCUCGCUGAAUAUGUUGCUAUUCUCAAAGGGCAAUUGAGAGAUCUCGCAGAUGCUGCGCAGCAAGCAAUUGGCGCCACGCUCACUGCCAUCCAGCCUGAAAUUGAAAUUCAGCCAUGAUUAUGAGGCAUUGAAGAACUCAGUUCAGGAACACUUACGCUGCCAUGCCGGUCUCAAUGACAUCGUAGACCCAGCUGCGCGUAUCAUCCCGAUGCAGAGUGGCUUGCAUGUUCUUGCGCAGUUGACGGGCUGUGGAGACAAAGGUUGUGGUGUUCCAAAAGCUCCACCAAAAGAUGGGUACUGUGGUGGGAAUGUACUGGCUUUGCAAG